AUGUCUGUGGAGCUGGGAGAUAAGCUGCGAAACUGCUGGGAGAUCGCUGCCGCCAGGACACUGCGCCGUGCAGGGACCACGCAGGAGAGAGAGCUGCACAAAGUGGUGGCGCACUGCGUCCAGUACCACGACAUGCUGCUCAGGAUCGUUGGUGACAUAGAGGACCUGCACUGGACGUCUAUGCUCGUAAACUUCGUUCUACAACUCAUCAUACUGAGCUUUUCUGCUUUCGAGGCCACAGCAUCAGCAGACCUGGCGAGCCCUUUAAAAGGCACAAACUUAAUGACGUACCUCGUACUGGCCAUAUUCCAGCUGUUUCUGCUCUGUCGCUGUGGAGACAAGCUGAUGGAAGCCGAGGAGGCGGUGUCGCGCGCCGUCUACGAGUCCCAGUGGUUCGAGGCGCCGCAGAGCGCCAAGCGCAGCCUCGGCAUCAUCGUGAUGCGCUCCCGCCUGCCGCAGCGCGUCACCGUCGGCAAACUGGUCGCCCUCAACCUCGUCACCUUCAGCGAGACCCUCAGCCGGGCUUUCUCGUACUUCACAGUGCUGCGGCAGAUCCGGACGAGCAACUGAAACUGUGACCGACGGAAAGAAAGGAAGAUUACUGCAGGAAUAGUCUCUUGCUUUAAGAUUGUAGUCCAGCUGCAGAUAGAUGCCAGUCACUUGGAUCACUGUCAUAUAAAAGUAGGCUGUUCUGAAAUUAAACUCGAGCACAAUACAAGAAGAGAAUACAUUAUGUUCAAUAUUUAAUUGUCGUUAAUAUGUACAAACUCACACUAAAUUAGACACGAUGUACCUAUU